CGAUCUGGGCAAUUACUCCGCCCACCGGCCCGCGUCAGCCGUUGCAGUAUCUCGGCUUCCGACUAUGGGAUAUUUGGGGUCUGGAUGGAGAGGCUGCUAGGCGAGGAGCCGUGAAGCUUUCGGAAAAAGGCGGUGUGGAAUACCUCGCAGAGCUCCUUGCUGGCGGGCCGGCCUGGAGAGAAGCUUCACAGACAGGCCCAGAUAAGGCCAAAGCAAGACCCAUCAUCGCUGUGGUUCGGGGAAGGCAGGAGUUUGGACCAAGGGCCUUAGGCCACAGGUCGCUCCUGGCCGUUCCAGACGAGAGCAUGCGGGAGCGCAUGAACCGACUGAAAGUUCGACAGUGGUACCGGCCUGUGGCACCGAUGAUUGCUGAGGAGGCCUUGGAAGAGGUCUUUGGUUUCAAGUAUAGCUCUGCCUACAUGGAGUUCGCCCCUAUGGUUCAGGAGGAGGUGAGGCAACGAUUCCCAGGCAUCGCCCACUUUGACGGGACAGCUCGGCACCAGUCUGUCAGCCGGACAGACGAGCCAUGGGUGCACGCACUCCUUCUGGCUGUUGGCAAGAGGACCGGGCUAGCGGUUCUGAUCAACACAAGCUUCAACUCCAAAGGAAAGCCCAUCGCGAACACCGUCAAGGUCUCCCUGCAGAUGCUAGAUGAAUUGGAAGACUUGGAUUACGUAGUCAUUGAGGAUUGGCUUUUCCGGACCCCACGUGGCUCCUGA